UUGAAACGAGUACAUUCUAGCCUGCAUUUCUGCAACCGGUCGGCAGUGUGGUGAACGGUAGUCUGUGUUGAGAAGCUUACCAUUUUUUGAUAAACAAACUGCUUGCUUGGUUGCAGGUCGCUUCUUAUCAGCCUGAGCAGCUCGAGACCAAAAAGAAUGUAACACGUUCGAUGUCUUGCGAGCGAUUUUAUACCAGCUAGUUACCUAGUUAGCUCUCCAAGUUAACGUACAGUUUUCCUUCUAAAGAUACAAAUAAGAAACGAAUAUUAUUUUUCAUCAUUUUACCAGCUAGCUAACGGUGAUUAACUAGCUACGUGUCAGCGACACAUUUUUAGGUAACCUCCGAUCCUUUAAAAGCUGCCAAGAUAAAUUACGCUAAAUAUACGUAUUUCAAGUUCAGGUGACUGGCUGUAAUCAACACUGCUACCAUUAUAGUUUAACAUUAACUGUUGGACAUAUUUGAGAGUUUCGAGAUCAAGCUGCGAGACUGCUAACAUUGCCUAGCUAGCUACCAGUCUUCAGUAUUUGUUUCACUUUUAGUCAAUUUAUAAAUAAGGUUGAGCAUACGAACAAAACAGUUAUAGAAUACCGGCAGUUUCUGCCUGAGGAUAUUUUGUUCAUUGAACUACCUGAGUUAUUGGCUACCUAUCCAGCUAACUUGCUAACCACUGAGUCGAUGGAACUUGACAGGAAUAUGUUGCUAGCUUGCUCUUACUAGCUAGCUACUCAUUUGACAGUUCACGUAGACGAGGCACCUUGCUAGCCAGCUCGUAUCAGUUGGAACAAUUUAACGUUAAGCCUAACGGUAGUGAGCGAAGACUGCUGAACCUACUGUAAGGAAGUUACUUUGGAACAAAUAGUCAACAUAGAAUCAACUUGGAUUUUCAGUAUUUUUCAUUUUUCCAGGCAUAUAAGCUUGUCGUCUUUUGUAUCUUCCAAUUCGCCAAAUUUCCAGUUAACAAGCUAACGUUGGGUUGUGCAGUGGUUAGGUCUAGGCAACACUGUAAAGAUAAAUAGUUGAAUGGGAAUUCAUUCAGUUAACAAGGGCAUUCCCAUAGCAGUCACUUCAAACCAGCAGAAGCUCCCGAGGAAGCUAGUCAGCUAGCCUAUUAGCUACUUUAUUUGACCGUGUUUUUUUUCUUAUAAGCUGAAGCAACACAUUGAAAGCCCUGCUUAGUAAGCUUGAGACAGUAUCUCAAAGCUUACAUAUCUAUCACUUGUCACUGUGUGGCAGAAAUAUUAGAAAACGUUUUAUUUGUAUUCCCUUCCAAACGGAAACAGUCGAGAAAAAGCACAGUUGUUUUCUCAAUUCUGACCCGGAUUGUCAUUUUAUCGGUGUUAUUGUUGAAAAUGGCGGCGAUUGGAAUGGUGCAGAUGUUGAUCGAAGCUGCAGAAUACCUUGAUCGCAGAGAAAGAGAAGCAGAACAUGGUUAUGCCUCUAUGUUACCCUUCACCAGCAACAAAGAGAGGGACAAUCUAAAGCGGAAAAAUAAAAACAAGAAAAACUCCAGCAGCAGAUCUACACAUAAUGAGAUGGAGAAGAACAGGCGGGCAAACUUACGGCUGUGUUUGGAACGCUUAAAAUCACUUGUACCUCUGGGACCAGACGCCAACAGGCAUACCACUCUCAGCCUGCUGAUGAGGGCCAGGGAACACAUAAAGCGGUUGGAGGACAGCGAGCGGAAGGCGCAGCACGCUGUCGAGCACCUGCAGCGGGAGCAGCGGCACCUGAGACGCCGACUGGAGCAGCUGGGUGUUGAGCGCACGCGCAUGGAUAGCAUGGGCUCCACCGUGUCCUCCGACAAAUCAGACUCAGACCAGGAGGAGCUCGAUGUGGACGUAGACGUGGAGGGCACUGACUGCAUGCUGGGAGACCUGGAGUGGAGCUGCUCCAGCGUGAGCGACUGGGACGAGCGGGCGAGCUGGCGCAGCAGCGGCAGCGAUGAGGGCUACUCCAGCGCCAGCCUGCGCCAUCUGGCACCCCCUCAGGAGAACAGCCCCAAGAGCCCCGUGGUGGGCAGCCUUUAGGGGUGUCAGAGCAUCUCUGAUGCCCCCCACUCCCACUCCGAUCUCCCCUGCCACCCUACCCCCAGCCCACACACACACCUGCCCCUCAGGCCCAACCCCUGCUCUUGUACGCUCCCUCAUGCACUUCACUCUCUCAGCCUCACUCAGCCCUUACAGCUGCGGCCAAUGCCAACAACCUGUCAAUCAGUCAUAGUGCCCCCACCCCCUACAUGCCCACAUGCACAGCACAAUUCGCUCCCACCCAUUGUUUUCAGAGCCAGUGUACCCCCGUCAGUCUCGUGCUUGUACGGGAUCUUAUUAGCUCCGUCCCAGCCCCAGGCCUUGACUGCUAGGAGCUAGCUCCCUAGAGCUGUUUUUGAAGAUCCAGCUACUCCUCUGUUCUUUCACAGCCAUUCAGCCAGUAAGAAUCUCUCCCUUACUUGCCCAUAGCCAGCCACCUGCCACCUGUUCUCAACAAUCAGACAUACUUUUUUUUUUUACACACACACACCUACAUACACCCCACACAUACUUAGUCACUCUUGCUUCAUCUCUUCUCAACCACUUCAGUAAAAAAAGAAAAGAAAAACACAAACAAACAAAAAAUCAUACCUCAGCCAGAAUGUGAUCAUUACCUUCACUCACUCCCUCACUGCCUGUCUGCCUGCCAGUGUAUGUGGGCCACCUCUGAGACUCUUGGCUUCAGCCAGCACUAACUUCCUGAUUCCUCUUCAUCCUCACAGUCCUUCCCCGUCUGCUGACCCCCCCCCACCCCACCCAGCUGCAGGCGCGGCACACACAGGGCUGGGUCACCUGACCCACAGCUGACCUAUCAGAAGAUGGGAUUUUGCACUUAAAAAAAGAGUACGGGAAGGCCUUGUCUGGGUCAAGAGCUGUGUUUAUGUUGUUGUUGUUUUUUUUUUUGUUCUUUACUCUUCAUCCCCCAUUUUGUUUUACGUUAUUGUCUCUGCAAAGGGACUGCAGCUAUAGUAGAAAUGCACUGGGACGUAGUGUUUUUAGCUAGUCUUAAAAAUGAUCUACCUGCACUGUCCCCAGCCCUACCCCCACCUCUCUCCCAUGGGAGUUUAUGGACUCUAAGCAUGUGUGAUGUCAUCGCCUCCCACAACCACUAGAUUGGUGUUUCCAUAGCAGCAGUGCUGCAGCAAUACACACUCGCCAACCAGGUGUUUUUCUUGACGCGGAUCCCUAAUUCAGGUGAAGUGUACUUUGAACUGCUGAGAGAUGGCUGGCCUGUUUUAGCCUGUUUUUAAUUCAUUAGUGGUUCUUUUGAUGAUUUCAAACAAAUGAUAAUUUAUUAUAUUUAAUGUUGCCUAACCCAGUGCUUUUACUCACACUCCCGCAGCUGAGUCUUUUAUAGAGAAGGCAUAUUGUUUUUUGAGACUUGUGUGCAGCAUGAGAUUGUAACAACAGUUUUUUGGAGGGGGGGGGCUGGAGGGUUGGAAUAGGGCUUGAAGACAUUUUAUCAGGGUGCUCCAUCUCUUUCUCUCCUUUCAAAGACAGUGACGUUUGUGUGUAUGUUUGUGAGUGUGUGUGUGUGUUUAUUCUGUUUAUAUUUUUAUUACCUGCAUUCUAUCCAAUGGAUAGAGAAAGAGAAGGGAAAGACUAAAGCAAUCUUAAAAGCACAUUCCACAUCUGACUGAAGAGGGAGCAGUCAAAAGAACACUACCAUCAUGGUGGGUGAGGAUGGGUGUGUGUGUGUGUGUGUGUGUGUGUGUGUGUGUGUGUGAGAGUGUGUGUGUGUUGGGGUGGGUGUAUGUGGAGUGACUGCUUACAGUGAAUGCAUGGGGGUGCAAGAAUCGACAGAAUUGGUUUGAGGUCACCCAACAACACAAAGGGGGCAGCUGACUUAACUUGUCCUUAAAAGGAGUGCACUCUCUGUCGCCCGAAGGCUCAAUGUCACCAUAGGUGUGUGUGUGUGUGUGUGUGUGUGUGUGUGUGUGUGUGUGUGUGUGUGUGUGUGUGUGUGUGUGUGUGUGUGUGUGUGUGUGUGUGUGUGUGUACCCUCCAAGCUGUACAGUGCUGCACUGCAGUACCACUCCAUCCAUCCUGCCCAGACUGCUCGUAUUUAUUAUCUCUGCAAGAUACAGUAAUUUUUAUGUAAAUAGUUUACCAGAGAGAAAGAAGAUAUAUCUAUAUAUCAAGAAGUAUUUAUAUUUGAUCGAAAAAUACUUUAAAAAAACAAAACUAUAUAUAUACAUAUAUAUGAAUAUUUAAGUAGGAGUUGCCUUAGUUGUUUUGUUUGUUCCCGUGGUGAGGUUUUUUAUGUGGAACUUAUUUUACACACAGCAUUGUGACUCUAUUUGGCGUUAUAGCUAUUUUGUACUUGGAAUAUUUGUGUACAUUUAGAGGUUCAACACAGUGCUCUUUAGAAUCAAAAACAUUUGAUCAGUUUUGUUGAUACUGAACAUUUCUUGCAGUUUUUGUUCUUGUAUGCAAGGGAUAUAUUGUAAAAGUCUUCUCUAACAAAAGAAAAAUACAAAUAACUGAAAAAUAAAGACGGGGGGGGGGGGGGGGGGGGGGGGUAUAAAGUUCAUAAAAUGGUAAAAUGGAAGCCUUGUUGUGGUGCUGUAGGUGAUGCUGCUGUAGUGAGAAGAAGCGUGGGUGGGUUGAGGCCCUUUUGGAGUGCCUGAGUGUACGACAGAAAAUGUCUUCUCAUUUGCUGUUCCUACCCUUAGUUUUGGCAGUGUGUAAAAUGGAGGACAUGGGGGGAUAGGGAUGAGAGCGAGAAGAAAAGAGACUCUGUCUCCGAAUGUAGUUAGUCAUCCUUUCCUCAAAUCAUUGCCAGUGGGAUCUCACUCAGCCUGCAAAAUUCUCAAGAACUUGAAAGAAAUGCACCAAAAAAGAAUUUGAUAAAUUAGAUAUGUAUUGGUAUGAUACAUAUUAUUAGUAAUGUAUUAAUAUUAUUAUUCACUAUUUGUGUGUGGAAUGCUGCUUCUUGUGUAGUUUUAUUGAUAAAAUAAUUAAUAUAUUCAAGUUUGAAAAGUAAAGAUGUAGCCUUGGGGAAUUUGGGAUGCGUCAAUAGCAUUAGUGGAGGUUAACAUUAGCUUGCCUGAUAAUGUGUGCCCAGUUUAUGGGUGCACUGGCAUGUUUUGUGUCAUGUUGUUGAAAUGUGUUUGAUUUUCGUGCGCGUGCUGUCACUGUCCAACAGAACGAGAGAAAGAGCCCUGGAGGGGUGGGGGGGGUGAGGGAGGGAAAAUAUCAGGGUUUUCUUUUUCUUUUUUUAAAGCCAUUUCUGUGGAUAUGCUUGGUCUUGUUUUUAUUUGUUACAAGUAUAAAAAGGUGCAAAAUGAAACAAAAAAGGCUCGCACUCUCAAAAGCUGUUAAGUGUGAAGUCAUGUCAUGUCAUGUCAUGUCUUGAAGCCACCAGUGCGCCCCUCCCUCCACGCUAACCCCCUCCAAAAACACGCACGCACGCAUUCGUAUGGGCGCCCCCCACCCAUCCCUCUAAACAUGGUCCUUACCUUUUCAUCCAUGGUGCAGAGACUCAGGCUUGGCUGUCCCCGGCCUGUCUGUAGACUCCUCUGGAAGACCUUUUUGGUGCUUCAACAUCUGUCCUUUGCAACAGAUGCGGGAUCUUUGAAGAAAUGACUACUGUAUUUAUUAAUGAUGGAAAUAAAUAUACAUGCCCAGAGUUUGCUAUCGCUCCGUCCAAUCACAGCUAUGGAUGUCACCGUGGGAAGCAAAUGUCAUUUUGUUCUCUUCUGUUUUUGUAUAUAUAGGUUUAUGUGCAUAGGGUACAAAAUGGCUGAUGCCUUAAAGACACACAAAAUGUAUGGGGAUGAAUAUAACAUGACAAAUAUACAUUUAUGGUUAGCAAACAGAUGUAUAUCAAAAAAGGUCAUUCCUGCCUGAGACUGUCUCAGCUGUGUUGCUCUGUUCAGAUGCACACACAUAUACAUACACAUGGACACAAAACACAUAGACACAGAUUCGGCGCGGACUCUGCCUCGGUCAGGUUUGAGUCAGAGGUGUGUGUCUCCUGUAGAAUCAAAGAUGGACAUUUUUUGUGCUGUCAGUUUUUAGAAUUGGACAAUUUGGAUGUUGACUAAAUGAAAUUCAAUAAAAAACAAUGUUUAAAAAAAAAAAAAAAAAA